AUGGAUAACGAAGAUAACAAAUCGAAUGAAUCGGGUGACAUCGAGAUUGUGGAAAACGAGCAUAAAGAAAAAUCAUUUCCACUUUUUGACAACGAGAAUUUUGAAAUAAAUAAAAGUGAUGAUGAAUAUGAACUUGAAAAUGACAGUGAAGUGGAUGAAGAAGAUGAGGAAGAAGAGGAAGAUGACGAGGAUGUAGGCAAUGAUGAGGCUGAGUUAUCCAGCAAUAUGUCCUAUGAUGAUAUGAACAGUAAUGAAGAAGAAGAAGACGAAGAAGAGGAAGGUGAAGGGGAAGAAGAUGAAGAGGAAGAGGAAGGCGAUGCAGAAAAUGAUUAUACAACAACAGAAAAGAAAUUAAUAGAUGUGGGAAAAAAAACAAAAAAUAUUGUUGGGACAAAAAAGAAAUAUUUAAAUAAAAAAGAAAAUAUAACAUAUGAUGGUUUAGGUAUAUAUAAAAAUGGUGAAAUGAUGAAUAAUGACGAUAUUGAAGAUCGAAUAAAAUAUUUAUUAUUAUUAUUGAGUGAUCCAGAAAAAAUGAAUAAUCAAAAUUUAAUAAGAUUAGAAAAACGUGAAAUAAUUAAAGAAAUACUUUAUUAUUAUUCAUAUUAUUAUGAAUAUACAAAAGAGAUGAUAAAAUAUUUAUAUUACUUAUUUGAUAUAAAAGAGUUAUACUUAUUUUUAGAAAUUAAUAAUAUGCCUAAAGAAAUACAUUUAAGAACUAAUACAUUAAAAAUAACUAGAACAAAUUUAUUAAAAAUAUUAAAAAAUAAAAAUAUAGCAAUACAAGAUGGGUCUAAUUGGAAUAAUGUAGAUAUAACAUUAACAGAUACAAGUUCAAAUGUCGGAUCAUUAAAUGAAUAUUUAUAUGGAUAUUAUAUUAUACAAUCUUCUUCAUCUUUAAUUCCAGUCUUAGAAUUAAAUAUAAAAGAAAAUGAAUUAGUAUUAGAUAUGUGUGCAGCACCUGGAGGAAAAUGUACAUUUAUAUGUACGAUAAAAAAAAAUAAAGGAAUAGUAUAUGCCAAUGAUAUUAAUAAAAUGCGUUGUAAGGCUAUAGAAGCGCAUGCUGCAAGAAUGGGAAUAAAUAAUUUAAUUAUUACAUCUUUUGAUGCCUUAAAAAUUAACAAAUAUUUUAAAUUUAAAUUUGAUAAAAUAUUAUUAGAUGCACCUUGUAGUGGUACUGGUGUUGUAAAUAAAAAUAAAACUGCAAGAAGAAAAACAAUUAAAGAAAUAAGAGAUCUAGCUCAAAAACAAAGAAAAUUAUUAAAUAAUGCUAUUGAUAUGGUUAAAAAUGGAGGUAUUGUUAUAUAUUCAACUUGUAGUAUAACUGUUGAAGAAAAUGAACAAGUUAUUAAUUAUAUUUUAAAAAAAAGAGAUGUGAAUCUGUUACCAACUGAUAUAAAUAUAGGAGACCCAGGAAUAAUUCAAUAUAGAAAAAAACAAUUUUCAUCAAAAAUUUCUUUAUGUAAAAGAAUAUAUUUGCAUAAACAUAAUCACGACAAUUUCUUUGUCGCAAAACUUGUGAAACGCUCAGAUGCUAAGUUAGGCCAAAAAGGGGAUGAAAAAAAUAUAAAAUCUGCAAAAGCAAAAAAAAACCUACAUAAUAACAAAAUGGGAAAAAAAAAUAAACCCUUUGAAAAUAAGGGAAAAGGAGAAGGAAAUAUGAACAAUGACCCAAAAAAAGUUCUCAAAAAAGGCUUUAAACAAAAUAACGAAAAAAAACAUUUUAAAAAAAAUAAAAAUAAAUUUAACAGGAAUAAUAAAGGGGGUGGUAAAAACUUCAAAAAAGGGUUUAAGCCACGUUAA